AUGAAGAGCGUCGCGUCUCCUGCGACGUGCCUGGCAGGCCCUCGCGCGCUCACGAGGCAGCACACGCGCCACGCCGUCUCUCCGCGCCGCGCCGCGGUGCGCGCGCGCGCCGCCAAGGGCGACACGGUCAUCCCCGACCCGGACUUCCGUCUGCCCGCCGCGCUCGGCGCCCUCGCCGGCGUCUCCUUCGCCACCGGCAACAACGCCGGCGGCGGCGUGUUCGGCCUCCUCGGGGCGUUCCUCGCGCUGCAGGCGACGCGGGUCAAGUUCCGGUUCGAGAAGGACGCGCUGGAGGUGGUGAUCGGUGAGGAGCAGGAGGAGUCGGAGAACGCGUUCGUCGGGGGCCAGAACCGGUGGAAGUACGACUCGUUCGUCAACUGGGAGCUCUGGUGGCCGGGGUUCCCGGUCCUGGUGUACUUCAAGGAGACGCAGACGAAGCCGGAGGGUCAGAUCCACUUUUUCCCAGUCAUCUUCAACGGCAAGCAGCUCUACGAGACCAUGGUCGAGCGCUGCGGGCCCUCGCAGAACAGCGCGCCGAAGGAGUGA